GCAGAGGGGUACUGGGUCUGUUGGCGGAGUAACGCUAACCUGCUCCGGAGCAGGUUAACUUCAGGAUAUCGAAUCACAACCUGUCAACAUCCCAAAAUCUGACCAGUCAGAUCACUGAAGAAAAAAGUAUCCAUGAAUGAAAGUCGGGAGACAGGUUAAAAGGAGGAGUCUACAUGCUGUUAUAGAACACAGUGAGGUGUGACAAUGAAGAUUGCAGUGAUCGGUCAGAGUCUGUUUGGCCAGGAGGUUUACAAGGAGCUGAGGAAGGAUGGCCACACCAUCGUAGGAGUCUUCACCAUCCCUGACAAGGAUGGCAAGGCUGACCCACUGGCAACUGAGGCAGAGAAGGAUGGUGUUGUUGUCUUCAAGUUCCCCCGCUGGCGUGUGAAGGGCCAGGCGAUUCCAGAGGUGGUGGCUCAGUAUAAGGCCACUGGUGCCGAGCUCAAUGUCCUGCCCUUCUGCUCCCAGUUCAUCCCCAUGGAGGUCAUCGACCAUCCCAAACACGGCUCCAUCAUCUACCACCCCUCCCUGCUGCCUCGCCACAGGGGAGCCUCAGCUAUCAACUGGACCCUGAUCCAUGGGGACAAAAAAGGCGGGUUCACAGUGUUCUGGGCUGAUGAUGGACUGGACACCGGACCCAUUCUGCUGCAGAGGGAGUGUGAUGUUGAACCCAACGACACUGUCAACACUAUCUACAAGAGGUUUCUCUUCCCAGAGGGAGUCAAAGGCACUGUGGAUGCUGUGAGGCUGAUUGCAGAAGGGAAGGCCCCGAGAAUCACCCAGCCAGAGGAGGGAGCCACAUAUGAGUGCAUUCAGAAGAAAGACAAUGCCAAGAUUGACUGGAACCAGUCUGCUGAGGCUCUCCACAACUGGAUCAGAGGAAAUGACAAAGUGCCUGGAGCCUGGGCUGAGGUUGAUGGACAGAAAGUGACUUUUUAUGGCUCAUCUCUGGUGGAUAAUGGCACCUCAGCUAACGGUCAGCCCCUGGAGAUCAUUGGAGCCAGCCGCCCCGGUAUCGUCACAAAGGCAGGCCUGGUGCUGUUUGGCAAUGACAACAAGGCCCUGUUGGUGAAGAAUCUUCAGUUUGAGGAUGGGAAGAUGAUUGCUGCAGCACAGUAUUUCUGCUCAGGGGGCAGUGCAGCUGUGGAGCUCACCGAGGAGGAGAAAACCUUCGCUGAACAGAUGAGGGCAGUGUGGCAGAGUAUUCUGACUAAUGUCAGUCAGAUCCAAGACUCCACGGAUUUCUUUAAGUGCGGUGCUGCUUCCAUGGAUGUAGUCAGGCUGGUGGAGGAGGUGAAGCUUCGGGCCAGUAACUGCCAGCUGCAAAAUGAGGAUGUGUACAUGAACUGCACUUUCCAGGAUUUUAUCCAGAUGUGUGUCAGGAAGCUCCGAGGGGAGGACGAUGAAGAGGAACUGGUCAUUGACUAUGUGGAGAAGAACAUCAACAACAUGACCAUAAAGAUGCCUCAUCAGCUGUUCAUUAAUGGAGAGUUUGUUGAUGCAGAGGGAGGAAAGACCUACAAGACAAUAAACCCCACUGACGGCAUGGCCAUCUGUGACGUGUCUCUAGCCCAGAUAAGUGAUGUGAACAAGGCAGUGGCUGCUGCUAAGGAGGCCUUUGAAGAGGGAGAGUGGGGCAAGAUGAACCCCCGAGACCGAGGCAGACUCAUCUACCGACUGGCUGACCUGAUGGAGGAGCAUCAGGAGGAGCUGGCCACUAUCGAAGCAAUCGACUCCGGAGCUGUUUACACUCUGGCCCUAAAGACUCACGUGGGCAUGUCCAUCCAGACCUUCCGCUACUUUGCCGGCUGGUGUGAUAAGAUCCAAGGCAGCACCAUUCCCAUUAACCAGGCCAGACCCAAUCGCAACCUCACCUUCACCAAGAAGGAACCAAUAGGAGUGUGUGCCAUCGUGAUUCCCUGGAACUACCCUCUGAUGAUGCUGGCUUGGAAGACAGCAGCCUGCCUGGCAGCCGGAAACACAGUUGUCCUCAAACCUGCUCAGGUGACUCCACUGACAGCACUUAAGUUUGCUGAGUUGGCAGCAAGAGCGGGACUGCCCAAAGGAGUGAUUAAUAUCCUGCCUGGAUCAGGUGCUCUAGUGGGUCAACGCCUGUCCGACCAUCCUGACGUCCGUAAACUGGGCUUCACAGGCUCCACUGAAAUUGGUAAACACAUCAUGAAGAGCUGUGCAGUCAGCAACGUGAAGAAAGUCUCUCUGGAGCUUGGAGGAAAAUCCCCUCUCAUCAUUUUCAGUGACUGUGACAUGGACAAGGCUGUGCGCAUGGGCAUGAGCUCAGUGUUCUUCAACAAGGGAGAGAACUGCAUCGCAGCUGGCAGACUGUUUGUGGAAGACACUAUUCAUGACCAGUUUCUGAAGAAAGUGGUUGAGGAAGUCAAGAAGAUGAAGAUCGGUGAUCCACUGGACCGCUCCACAGACCAUGGCCCUCAAAACCACAAAGCCCACCUGGACAAACUGGUGGAGUACUGUCAGACCGGCAUCAAGGAGGGAGCCACUCUGGUAUGUGGUGGCAAACAGGUGCAGCGGCCAGGUUUUUUCUUCGAGCCCACAGUGUUCACUGAUGUGCAAGACCACAUGUACGUCGCUAUAGAGGAGUCAUUCGGCCCUGUCAUGAUUGUUUCCAAGUUCAAGAGCGGUGAGGUGGACGAUGUCCUGAGAAGGGCCAAUGCCACAGAGUACGGCCUGGCAUCAGGUGUUUUCACACGGGACAUCAGCAAGGCUCUGUACGUCAGUGAGAAGCUCAACGCCGGCACAGUUUUUGUCAACACCUACAACAAGACUGAUGUGGCCUCGCCGUUUGGAGGCUUCAAACAGUCUGGCUUUGGCAAAGAUCUGGGACAAGAGGCUCUCAAUGAAUACCUGAAGACAAAGGCAGUGACCAUCGAGUAUUAACGUCACGUCACAGGAAUAAGAAGCACCCAGAGGCACUGGUGUGUGUGUGUGUGUGUGUGUGUGUGUGUGUGUGUGUGUGUGUGUGUGCAUGUGUGUCUGUGUGUGUGGACCCUGACAGAGGAGAGGAAUGCAGAGGAAUGCAAGGUCUGACAAUCGAGUGAUCAUCUCAACAAAAUCAACUCAGACCUGUAGCCAUGUCUCUCAUUAGUGACUACUGACUAAUAAUAUAAUAAUACUGAAUGUGCCUUAACAAUUUGUCUGACACAUGACUGUGCAAUCCUCUCAGUAACACACCUUUGUGCCAUGUUGUAGUAUGUGUUGUGCUAAACUAUGCAAAUGAAGAAUUUUUCUAGGUAGCCCAAGUGACCUCUGACAGCUUCAUAAUCAAAGUGAUUGAGUUACACAAUAGGAAUAUUUUUAACAGGUUGAAUUCAUUUCUGAUAUGGCUUAUAUUAGGUCAGAAAAGUCUGAAGAAAUGUAACAUUUCUAAUAACAAUGUUUGGUUAUCAAUUAAACCUGCUGCGCACCUCAAUGCUGUGACCCUGUUGAUACAUAUUUGGUUUAUUUCAUGAUGCAGUUCUUUUUACUUGGAUAAACCCACCACUGUUACACAAUGACAUAUUAGCAUAUGUAGGCAACAUAUAAUUUGUUCAUACAAACUACUAAUUUAAACUCUACAUUCUAAAUGUGAGUACAUUCUCGUGAGUAAUUGUAUUACCUCUUAGCUGUGCAUUCCAAUACCCAUACUACCAUACUAGUAUGCCAGAAAAAAGUAUGUCCCAUUCUAUAGUAUGUGAAAUGCAGUAUGCCAAAAAUACCAGAAUGUUCUACUGCAUCUGGUCAUAUUGUGCAGUAUGCAAGCCAGCAUGCUUUUCUGGCUAUUCUGACCCACAGUCAGUGGACGAUGUGUUACAUCGACUGAACCACCAACAGAUGACUGCUUGUUGACAGCUGAUUGACAGCUCUCAGAAGCCGCAUUAAUGUCUGACAGUGAAUUCUAGUAAAUGAUGACUAGUCUAAUAGUAAUAAUAGGAUUAUUACUUGUUUAAAUGAACAAAAUAAUCAUAAAGAUUGCUACCAACAGCAGGAUAUACCUAUGAAAAUAACAAUGACAGAAAAAAAGCAUGCCAUCUAACUGUGGUGAAUACAUUAGAAUCUACCUUGUAUGCAGUUAUAACUUCAAAGUUAAAACUACACAUAUUGAAAAGUAACAACAGCAGAGGCCUGUACUACAAAGCAGGAUUUGGAGUUAGCAAGGUAACUUCAGGGUUAACUCUAGGUUUUCACUAGCCUACUACAAAGCUGGUUUUCUUUUUACAGGAUAAUUUACUGUGGUAACUUAUAUUCAGUUUCGGAUCACUGCCUGUCAACACUCCAGCCUCUGACCAAUUAGAUCACCGAAGGAAAAAGUAUCCAUGGACAAAAGUUUGGAGUGUCAGGUAAAAAAAGAGUAGCCUACAUAUUGUUAUAGGUCAGUAGAAUCAUUUCAUUGUUCCAGGGCUCUAAUGUUAUUUCCACUGGGUUUAAAACAGCUUCUAACAAACAGAGAGAUCAUUUACACACACUCACAUAUGAGUUUAGCUGCAUUUUAACAUACGCAAAGUUUAUUUAAAGCCACAGUGUGUAGGAAUUUCUCCCGUCUAACGCUGAAAUCAUAUAUUGCAUUCAAACGGAUAGCGUAUUCUAGUGCGUCACUGUUUCAAACGUGUAUUGCAACAACAGUAGCCGCUGUGUACCAAAAAGCUAUGAUAACAUUGAUGAAACCAUGUCAUCCGAUACUUCAUGGAGUAUUUUUUUUUUUAAAUCAUUUUUUUAUUGAUUUCUAGUAAACAUUACAAACAAGCAAUAUGAAAACACAAAUACACAGUCGUUAAUAUAUAACAACAUAACAG